CCCGCAACUAACUUCUUACCGGAGGGUUAACGGGCGGUACCCAGUAAAGCAGCAAGCUCUUGGAACCGGAACGAUGGAACAUUCGGCCUUUCCUCGAGCGCCCCCAGCUACUGGGCAUGUUACGACGACAAAUGUCCGCCUCCAGCCGUCCAACUCCACGGCCGGUCAUCAAUCUCACUUCGGCAGGACUAGGGAUCCUCAUGGCCUCCCGCCGCCAGAUGCGUCCUCGUCUGACAAUGUUGGGCCCUCUCCGGCAUUCCACGCCUCGGGAUUUAACGGUUUCGCAAACUCUUACACGGGCCCGCCGUCGGGGAGCGUGGUCAGCGCUGCCACGCUAUCUCACACCCUUGAUGAAAUUAAACCGGUGCCAGCCACGGAACCCGAGCAUCAUGAACAUGACAUAUCCGGAGGAGCGUUCGGACUUCUGGGUCAAACAAACGCACAUCGAGAUUCAGGCACAGACACCAUCGGUACUUUGCUGCCUCCUCUAAGCCAGUUUGGCAUACUGUCUCAAAACUCGGUCGCCAAUCGUGCCGUGACCGAAGUCCCGAGUGAUAGGAAUACUAACUUGGUCAGAACGGAUUCUGCUCAUGGUUCUGGUAGCCUUGGGGUGUCAGGGGACGGACAAUUGCCCGCAAACAUCGUGGAGAACCCUCCCAACCUCGAUUUAUGGCGCCAGAAACUGUUUGAACUCGAAAAGCCACUCAUACUUACCAAUGAGGAGUGAGUGAACACCUUAUAUAUCUCCCUCGGUCCCUGAAGUUGUUCUGUGAGUAUUUCGUCCGUGCUUGAGUGUGCUCAUUAAGUUAUUCAAGGUACGACACGUACUUUCCCUGGGUCGACAAUGUCUACUCGCACCGGACGUCGCAGUCGGCAUCCAAACGGGGGCUCGUCACACGUUACUUCGACUGUCGCUUGAAGGGCCGGCCGUCUGGAACACCCAAAUCACAAGACCCCAAC